CAAAACCUUAAGUGUCCCACUUUAGAGUAAUUCACGGUACCUGUGCUCUGGGUUUGGCCAUCGAUCGAUCUUUGUUUGCUGAUUCGCUGUGUGCUCGAGUAAUCCGGGCGCGUUCACGUGCGCCGAGAGCGCUGAAAAGACGCGCGCGCAGCUCGCGCUCCGUUACUCCGGUGAACUCAUGGCAGCGGAAGGACAGAGAGUGGUGCUGAUCACCGGCUGCUCGUCCGGUAUCGGGCUCGCGAUCGCCGUGAUGCUCGCGAGAGACGAGAGGAAGCGCUACUACGUCCUAGCUACCAUGCGGGAUCUGAAGCGGAAGGAUAAGUUGGUUGAAGCAGCAGGAGAUGCGUACGGUAAAACUCUGUCUCUGCUCACACUGGACGUCUGCAGCGAUGAGUCUGUCAAACAGUGUGUGAACAGCAUCAAAGAUCGACAUAUAGACAUACUGAUUAAUAACGCUGGCGUGGGUCUGGUGGGGCCGGUCGAGGCUAUCAGUCUGGACAACAUGAAGCAGGUGUUCGAGACCAAUUUCUUCGGGGUUGUGCGCAUGAUUAAAGAGGUGAUGCCCGACAUGAAGAGGAGACGCUCUGGACACAUCAUGGUCAUCAGCAGUGUGCUGGGCCUGCAUGGUGUGGCCUUCAAUGACGUUUACUCCGCGUCAAAGUUCGCCACAGAGGGACUGUGUGAGGCACUCGCCAUCCAGCUGCUCCAGUUUAACGUCAAGGUGUCAAUGAUCGAGCCCGGGCCCGUAAACACUGAGUUUGAGCUGAAGCUGAUGACAGAAGUCUCUAAGAAAGAGUUUGCCGGUGCUGAUCCGGAGACGCUCCAUCACUUCAGGACCUGCUACCUGCCCACACAAGUCAACCUCUUCAAAGGUCUGGGACAAACACCUGAAGACAUCGCCAAGGUCACUAAGAAGGUGAUAGAGUCACCGCGGCCUCCUUUCCGUAACCUGACAAAUCCUCUGUACACUCCAAUCGUGGCACUGAAGUACGCGGACGAGACGCGCAGCCUGUCUGUUCACACCUUCUAUCACAUGCUGUAUAACCUGGGAGGAGUCAUGCAUGCUAGUGUGAGAAUCAUGAAGUUCCUGAGCUUUGGAUGGUUACGGAGACGAGCCAUCUCACCUACCUAACAC